AGCGGGCCCUUGAUGGCGCGGGUCGGCGGCCGGAGGCGCCGCUGACGGCAGGCGCGAGGCACCGAGGAGAGCCCGGGCCGGCCCUUCCCGCCCACCUCCGCCGGCAGACUGUGCCCCAACCCCGGGCCCUCUGCGGGAAUGUUCAAAAAUGAGUACCAGGGAGGUGCAUUUGUUGAAAUCUUUAGUGCUCAGGGGAAAAAUCCUGGAGCAAAAUGGAAGAUCUUUGGCAGUCCAUCUGUGAUUUGGAAAGAGUUUGAUAAAGAAGUUAAAAGUUUUGUAUUUAUCCUGGAAGGCAGCAGCCAAACCAACAGAAUUCAGUUACCAAAGGAGAAUAAGCAAAUACUUGGACUGAUCCAGAGGUUUCUUGUACUUCAGAUUUACAUACCCCUGGGACAGGACUUCUCCACUGAAUUACUAAUUACUGAUUUAGGAAACAUCAAAAGAAGAUUGUAUUUAUCAACAGUCCAUAAGGAACUGUCCUCAACCCCUCUUCAUGCAAAAAUCCCACUCUUCAUGAUCAAGCGUAAAAUUUGGUGCAAUCUGUGCAUUGACUUGGUUGCAUUCACCAGUGAGAUAUUCAAGGGAGCAGUUUUCCAGUCGUUGGACGGAAUUAUUGUCUCUGCUAACUGUAAGCUUCGGAAGAUCUUCACUUUAAAAUCAAAGCCUCGAGAAACUGCUGAUAAAGAUGAUGAACCCACAGAUAUGAUUCCACGAAGCUGUCAACUCGCAACAGAUGUCCCUCAUGUCACACAGCUGCUAAACAUGACAAAAGUCUGCCAAGCUGAACUAAAAUGUGGAGGUCAUCAUCUAAGAUCAGCAGAAUCAGACCAGUUCAUCAACAGAGGUGGAGGCAGCAUCCGGAACAGUAAAAGUCAAGAUGUUUGCCAUAUUGCUUUCGGGUCCAGGGUCCUUGGACCACCUCCACUCUCUGGCAGACGUAAUAACAUGAGGCUCUCCAGUGAGACAGUAAGAUCCAUUGGGUACAAAAAUAGCCAAUCGUGCCAACAGCCUACAGCAGAGAAGCAUGUUAACACUGCACAAGGUUCAGCCUUGCUGAUACCUGAGCCUGAGCAGCAAGGAGAGAAAGGAAAUAUCCAUCAAGUGAAGCAGACAGUGCCUAUUCCAGCAGGUCAGAGCAACAACAGGAGAGCUCGCUUGAAAAGCACCAGCGGAGAAAACACAGAGGCACACUGUGGUAGUUCCUGGGAAAAUAACAAGAAUGAAGAGGAAGUGACCGUCACCCUCAACAGCAUCAUUCAGCCAAGGACAGAGCCAAUAAGUUGCAGCACUCCAGAACCUCAGGCUCCUGACCAACCAGAUGAGUGGAUAUUUCCUGAAAGUGCUGCUCUGACUUCUGACCCGGCAUGUGGCAGUCCAUCGUCGCUCCUAGGUGGGGACUCAUGCAUUGCUUCACACCUUCGGCUAGAAACCAGCAAGGACCAUGAACUUGACCAGGCAGAGGAAACCCAAAUGGCUUCCAAGGACAUUUUCACCUUUUCAUCUAGACCAAGAUCAGCACCUCAUGGGAAGAGUCAUGAUAUGUCCCCAAAGGGGUAUCCAUUUAUUCUGGACCCAAGAGAGGACAACAGUGUGACAAGGAGAGACACCCAUUUGGAAGAUGAUUUUUAUGGUACUGACAGCAGUGAAGAGGAAUACAACUGGAGGAACUACCAGCCCAGCCAGAUGAGCGAAUGUGAGCUGCAAAUGCUAGCAAGCCUCCGUCGGCAGCAGAAUGAAGACCUGGAAGACACUGGGGCUCCUCAUGGCCUGAGUGCAUCCCAGGUGGACAACUGUAAUGUUAGCAUCAGUACCAGCAGUGAUGACACAACCACAUGGAACUCUUGUCUGCCACCUCCUGUCAACCAGGGCCGUCACUAUCAGAAAGAAAUGAAUCCACCUUCUCCAUCAAAUCCUCGAGACUGGUUGAACAUGCUGAGCCCACCAAUUGUCCCUCCCAGUCAGCAGCCAGUGGAGCAGCCUCUGGAGUCCUCUACAAGUGUGAGUGUGCAAGGGCCCUUGGGAUGAGGGUAAAGAGUCCCUAAAGGAGAAAGGAUGCUGUUAACUUACGGAGAGGGGGUCAAGGAGACAAACACCAACCAAGUUUACCCUGGAAGCCUAGAAGGUUAUCUCUGCCUCUCUGACUCAUCUUGCUCUCUGAAGCUCUCUCCUCAUAACUCAUUACAAAGUCCUUAGGCCAGGACACUACACUCCCAUAACCAACCAUGGAGAAAUAGUGCUUCCAUGUUCAAUUCAGAAAUGCAACUCAGGAUAACAGCUGGUCAAUUUUGAGGCAAGGGCCACCAGGACCUCUUCUGUGGAUGAGAGAAGAAGGCUGUAGAAGACCCUGUGAGCUGAGAUACCACUCCAAAGGUGGCUACCACAAGGUCUGAUUAAUCAGCCUAUGCAUUUAUCCUUUUUAAAGCGUAGCAGAUGGGCAUUUUGCUACAGAAGAGUAGAAAACUGUAAAUAGAUGUCACACUACCAAUUUUAAGCCAAAAUAGUACAUUCUGUUUAUUUGGAAAUUCACUAGCUGGGCUUUACUUCACUUUAUCAAGUUCUGUUGCCUAUUGGAGCUUCUUGGGAACCUACACCUAGGUUCUACAUCCACAGAGUCUGACUUGGCUGGUCCCAAGUACACCUGGACAUUGGGAAUUUAUGAAACAGCAAUUUUACUUUGUGGUCCAGGCUGAGAGUCUCAGGGAAGGCUAAUGGCACGUAUGCUGGUGGGAGCCAUUCCAUAGCAUCCACAUAUUUCCAAGGCCUUAGUUUCUAGUAUGUGUCACUUAUAUCUAGAACUGAUGGCUGCAAUGGACACUGAAAACAGAUGGGCUCAAUAUGGAGCCAUAUCCUGAGGUAAUUUGCUCUCAAGCUAGCAUCUGGUUUAGUUUCUUGUUUCCUUUAAUCGGAAUGCAACUUACAAUGAUUUUUAGUCAUGUCUCUAAAUGAUUAUUGAAUUACAGAUCCCAAUUAAUAGGAAUUAUGAAAAAGCAACUGUCAGCCAUGCUUCGUAUCCUAUCAAUGAUUCAGUGUCCUGGAGAUUAUGAUUGCUCUCUGCCUUCCCCACCACACCCCCAAUGUGCCUCACUCCCCUUCCUAUUAAUUUGUUUCCUAUUGAAGGAA